AUGACACAAGGGUGUAAGCCUCCACUGAUGCACUGGCUUGAACCUAACAAGUCCAUCUCCAAGCAAAUGAAAUCUCAUCCACCAUACACCAUGUGCUUUAGAGUGAAAUUCUACCCACAUGAACCCUUGAAGAUUAAAGAAGAGCUCACAAGGUAUCUUUUGUACCUGCAAAUUAAAAGAGAUAUUUUCCAUGGUCGACUGCUCUGCUCCUUUUCAGAUGCUGCCUACCUGGGUGCCUGUAUCGUUCAAGCUGAGCUCGGUGAUUACGAUCCUGAUGAGCAUCCUGAGAAUUACAUCAAUGAGUUUGAGAUUUUCCCUAAGCAGUCACAGAAGCUGGAAAGAAAAAUAGUGGAAAUCCAUAAAAAUGAACUCAG